UUGAAUAUUUGCAUAUUUUAUCUAUUUUUACAACGUUUAUGCCACAUAACUGCAGUUCCAAAAUGCUACCGUAUUGUGCCGAAGGAGUUCAGACGACUAGUUCAAUACGUGAACAAUUUGAAAUACGCUGAUGAGCCAGAUUAUACGUAUAUGUCUCACUCGUUACGAUCAAUUGCGAAAGAGAACAAUAUCGAUAUGGAAAAGAAACUGGACUGGAUUGGGAGAACCAGCAAAGAAAAGAUGCCAUCAGAUGACGAUGACCUCUCAUCGGACAACAGAAAUACUGGAUCGAGUGACAGCGAUUCUCAGGAGACAGCUAGAAGGAAAAAGAGGUCACCUGUCCAAGCCAACAGAAAAAAGAGCAUCACAACACAAAAAUCAGUGACCAAAGUAAAAUCGAUAUCUUAUGCCUAA